AUCAAUCAAUAAUACAUAUAUUUUUACAUGGUAUCAGAGCGAGGUUAAGAGUUUAGUAUUUUUUUCGCGUCACCGGCCGGCGGCAACCUCGCCUUGGCCGCCCGCCGGACCUCAACCUAGUCCGCCGGACCUCUACACAUACCUUGAUCACUCUAUAAAACCCCUCCGUCUCCGACUGGUGGCGCACCGUCUCCUUCUACACUGCCCAGACCGGCUCUAAUAUCUCCCGCUCCGUUCCAACAAGAAUCAGGAAGAGAGACAAAAUAAAUAAAUAAAAUAUGAAUCUCGGUGGCGGUUCCGGUGAUGAUCCGUCGUCGUCGUCGGUGUCGCAGUGGAGCUACGCCGUGUCACGGUGGUACCAACACCUCCUGGACAAGUCGACGCCUCUCGUCUACCACCGUUGGAUUGGCUUCGUCUUGGUGGCGUUGAUCUACUCUAUCCGCGUCUUCCUCCUUCAAGGCUACUACAUAAUCACCUAUGGCCACGGCAUCUACAUCCUCCAGCUCUUCAUCCUCUUCCUCUCCCCUCAGGUCGAUCCCGCAUCUCUCCGAUGGCCCCUCCCCACUCGCGGAUCUGACGAGUUUCGUCCCUUCGUUCGCCGCCUUCCUGAGUUCAAGUUCUGGUAUUCUGUAACAAAAGCCUUCUGCUUUGCCUUCGUGCUCACAUUCUUCAGUGCAUUUGAUGUGCCUGUAUUUUGGCCAAUUCUAUUGUUCUAUUGGGUGGUGCUGUUUGUUUCAACAAUGAAGAGGCAGAUAAUGCACAUGGUCAAAUACAAAUAUGUCAAUAUGUCCCCUUCUCCUCAGCGGUACGUUGGAAAGAAAGUAGCUUCAACUGAUGAUACUGACAAUGUUGCAGCAUAAGGCUUCAGAGAAUGCGCCUGCAAUUAUUUUCAUUGACGCGGUGAUGCUGUUCAGGUGGGGCCCUCCAUUAAG